AUGUUUGUUUCAAAGUUGGCACACAAAGGAAUGGAGCUGGCUAAAAUUGUUCACUUGCUGGAUCUUUAUUGUUUGCCACACUUGGCAGAGAAGUGGGAUAAUGUUGGUCUAAUAGUAGAACCUUCCCCACCACACUCUGUGAAGAAAAUUUUUAUUACCAAUGAUUUGACAGAACAGGUGCUCGAUGAAGCAAUCUCUCAAAAAAGUGAUUUAAUCAUAUCAUACCACCCACCAAUAUUUUCUCCUCUCAAGAAGCUUACACAACAGCAUUGGAAGCAACGGAUAGUGGUACGUUGCUUGGAAAAUAGAAUCGCAAUAUUUUCCCCACACACGGGGCUAGAUGCAAAAGUGGGAGGUAUUAAUGAUUGGCUUUUAGAACCACUAGCUGUAAAACACAAAGAAAAUUUAUCUCGAUCACCUGUGGUUAAUCAAACUUUGGCUAGACUAAAUAUUGUAAUGAAUCAAAAUUUUGCUGAUUUCGUUAUAUCCACUGGAGUAAGUGUAUGUACAGUUAAUGUUCAGAGUGAUUCUGGCACCAUAGCCGUUGUUACAUGUACAGAAUCCGACCUCAAAAGAACUCUAGAUGCUGCAGAGGAGCGUCAAAUCUCAGUGAUUAGUAAAGAUACUAUUCCAAAGACAGACGGCGAAGGAUGUGGCAGAUUAGUUACAUUACAUUUCCCAGUUCACCUGAAAGCAGUUAUCGCAGCUUACAAAAAGUUCCUAAACUUAGAACACCUAACUGUGGCUCUAGGACAAGGCAAAACUCUUGACGAUCUUAUCCAAACAGUUGCUGUUUGUGCUGGUUCUGGUGGUUCUCUUCUAUGCCAAACACCCCUUGCAUUUACUGCGGACCUAUUCUUAACUGGAGAAUUAUCUCAUCAUGAUCGCCUCGAAGCUGUUUCCCGUGGUAUUUCUGUAAUUUUGGCCGGACAUUCAGUAACUGAGAGAGGAUUUUUCAAAGAUAGAUUUAUUCCUGACUUCCGUCAACUUUUAACGACAGUUUCUAACUUUGGUGAUGUUCCACAUUUACAAUUGGUAUUAUCUGAUACAGAUCAUGAACCAGGUUCGCUAAGAUUUCUGGAAGCGUUUUUUUGGAGAUAA